UCAGUGUUUUGCACAUACAUAUCUCUGCUUUCAUCUCAGGUGGAGGACAGCAUGAUGGAUGUGUACGAUCUUGUGUAUGAGGAGGUGAGGAAGAAUGCCUCCAGCUUCAGGAGGCAUGAGCUGACUGCCAUCCAUGAAGCAUUCCUGUGCUGUGGGAAGUACUCUCCAUUUGGGGACACAACCAACGUGGAGAACAAGACGUGCCCAUCUGGCCAGAUACACAGUGCAGGACAGGACUGCCUGCAAGAGAUUCAGGCCAUCCUGAAGAAGCACAUGGACUUUGUCUUCAUGCUCCUGGGUGUCACCAUCAUCUUCACGGUUUAUGGGAUGAUCCUGACUUCAUUCCUCUGGUUCUCCAUCCACUUCAACAGCAACCUGGACCGGAAAGGCCAAUACACCCUGCGAGAAAGGUAG